AUGUUAGGUGAACCCGUGAAAACCACUGCAACGGCAUUGCCGUCACAAGUCUAUCCUUCCCGCGUCAACGGCAGCAGGUCCAUGGCGAACACCGUGAUCCUGUACCCCGGCCUCACCGUGAGCCACUUCGUCCCCAUGGUGCACCUCGCCGGCGCCCUCCUCGACCACGGCUACGCCGUCUCCGUCGCGCUCAUCGACCCCGCCGUCAACGGGGACCCCGCCUUCCGCGCCGUCGUCGCCCGCGCGGUCGCCUCCAUGCCGUCCCUCCGAUUCCACACGCUCCCGCCCUCCGAGGACGCGCCCACGCUGAUCGCGCCGUUCAUCCCCAGGUACCUCGACAUCGUCGGCCGCCACAACGACCGCCUCCGCGACUUCCUCUGCUCCUUUACACGCGGCGUCCACGCCGUGGUCGUUGACUCGCUGUCCGUCGAGGCGCUCGGCGUCGUCAAGCGGCUCGGGAUCCCCCGGUACGUCAUGUUCACCUCCGGCGCGGCCGCGCUCGCCGCCUUCGUCCAGCUUCCUUCCGUCCUCGCGGAGGCGCGGAGGACGUUCCAGGAGCUAGGCGACGCGCCGCUCGAGUUAUUCGGCCUUCCGCCCAUGCCUGCCUCCCACCUGCUCGGCGAAUUGCUCGAGGACCCUGAGAGCGAGAUCUACAAGGCGGCGGUGACCGCGCUGUACGGGAUCCCGGAGGCCGAUGGCAUCCUGGUGAACACGUUCGAGUCGCUGGAUGCUGGGGUGGUGGCGGCACUCGGCGACCCCCGGUGUCUGCCGGGACGGAUCAUGCCUCCGGUGUACUGCGUCGGGCCAUUCGUUGGGGGCGUCGGAAGCGAGGCGAAAGACCGGCAUGAGUGCCUCACGUGGCUUGACGGGCAGCCGGAGAGCAGCGUCGUUUUCCUCUGCUUCGGCAGCGGGGGAAACCACUCGGCGGAGCAGAUCAAGGAGAUCGCCGUCGGCCUGGAGAACUCCGGCCACCGGUUCCUGUGGGUCGUGGGAAACCCUUUCAGCGACGACCAGGACUUCGACGCUCUCUUGCCGAACGGGUCCCUAGACCGCACCAGAGGCCGCGGCCUGGUCGUCAAGCAGUGGGUGCCGCAGGCAGAGGUGCUCCACCACAGGGCCACCGGCGCGUUCGUGACGCACUGCGGGUGGAACUCCGUGCUGGAGGGCGUGACGGCCGGCGUGCCGAUGCUGUGCUGGCCGCUGUACGCGGAGCAGAAGAUGAACAUGCUGCGCAUGGUGGGGGAGAUGGGAGUCGCCGCGGAGAUGGUCGGGUGGCAGCGGGGGCUGGUCGAGGCAGCCGAGGUGGAGGGCGAGGUGAGGCUGGUCAUGGACUCCGAGGAUGGCAUGGAGCUCCGGGCGCGGGCGGCGGCACACAAGGAAGGCGCGUCCGUGGCCUGGAGCGACGGCGGCUCGUCGCGUGCGGCGAUUGCCAGGUUCUUGGCCGACGUCGACAGCCGGCAGCCUCAGACUCGCGGUGAUCGGUGA